UCAACGCAGGCAAGCAGCACACAUCUACUACCGACCCAAGAAGCAGGCAAUCAUCUGUUCUCGUAGCACCUAGAGGAAGAGAGAUCAAUGGCGGCGAUCGCAGCAAGAAGCCUCGUCCUGGCCGCGGCCGUCGCGGCGCUGCUGGUGGCGUCAGUGUCGGCGCAGUCCGGAUGCACGGCGGCACUCGUGGGCCUGUACCCGUGCAUGAACUAUAUCAGCGGCAACGACACGGCGCCGACCAAGUCCUGCUGCUCUCAGCUCAGCUCCGUCGUGCAGUCGCAGCCGCAGUGCCUGUGCAGCGCUCUCGGCAGCGACUCGGUCGGCGGCAUGACCAUCAACAAGACGCGCGCGCUCGAAAUGCCACAGGCGUGCAACGUGCAGACCCCGCCGGCGAGCAAGUGCAACGGCGCUGGUGGUGGCAGUGCUCCGAUGGCCGGCGACACGCCAGCGGUGCAGACGCCGGGCUUGGGAUCGAAGACGACGCCGUCGGGGUACCUCCAGGAGAGUGGAGGCUCGUCGCUCCACGGGCCAGCGAGUCUGGUGUUCGCGCUCGCGGCCGCUGCCGUUUACGCCAUGUCCGCCGUUUGA